AUGAGGCAGCCCCACGUAUAUGGACAGACUGGGGAGCAAGACACUGGAGAGCAGCACUGGGAAAAGGGACCUGGGGAUUCUGGUCUGUGGAAAGUUGGAUAUGAGUCACAAGAGGGCCAGCUGUGUCCUAGGGGAUAUCAGGCCCAGCAUCACCAGCUGGGCCAAGGAGGGGAUUGUCCUGCUCUGCUGCGCUGUGCUCUGUACUGGAGCAGCCUCACCUUAAGUGCUGGGGGCAAUUCUGGGCACCCCAAUAUCAUAAGGACCUUGUCAGUUUGUUGCUAUGCAGCAGGUGCAGCCUUUUCUUUUAUUGAAGCUUUACUCCAUAAAGGCAGCGAGAAGCCAAGGCAGUGCUUGGCCCUGGAUUAUACAAGUGCAGACACUCCGCUAAGUGAGCUGGAGCAAACAAGUAAAAGCAUUGACUCAAGUGCCCACAUGAUCACCACCGCCAGGGUACCUGCUGAUAAGCCGGUACGAAUUGCCUUCAGCCUUAAUGAUUCCCCAGAUGAUGCUUCCCCUGAAAACUUCUCUUUGGCAUUUCCAGAACUAGAUCAGCAGCUGCAGCCUCUGCCUCCUUGUCAUGACUCUAAGGAAUCUAUGCAGGUGUAUAAACAGCACUGCAAAAUAGCAGAAGAGUACCACGAGGUCAAGAAAGAAAUUGCUCUGCUGGAAGAAAGAAAAAAGGAGCUGAUUGCCAGACUGGAGCAAGUGGAAAAAGAAAGCAUGGAUGCUGCUCGGCUGGCUAAGGAGUACGCACAGCUGACAGAGGAGAACCGAACGCUGAAGCUGGCCCAGACACAGUGUGUGGAGCAGCUGGAAAAGCUCAGGAUACAGUACCAAAAGAGACAGGGCUCCUCAUAACUCCCAACUGGCUCAUGGGAGGCACUUCAUACAGGAAUGGAAAGCAGAUUUUAAAAUAAAGAUCUGUUUAAUAUGUUACAACACUUUACUACGGAUACAGAGUAUGUAGAAGUCUGAAUUUGAUUUAAUGCUUGCCACCCAGUAGCUUAAUAUAAUGGAUAUUUCAUCCAUUAUAUAAUGAAUGUUUUAUUUCAAGUAGCAUAAUUGAAGUUAAUCUAUCCCCAUUAUAUGUUCUUGUGGAUCAGGUUUCUUUUCUAAACAUAUUUCUUCCAAUUUAAGAAGAUAUGGACACACUAGAAAUUAUAUAAAUAGUCUCUGUGUUGGAAAUUUGGAUCUUACUAAGGACUGGGACAAUGUUAAUAUAUGGAAUCCAUGUAUGUUAAUUUUAGUUUGGUAAAUUCGUUUUAAAUUAUUUUCCUCAUGCAUAAAGUGUUUGGAAGUUAUCUUGAAGCAGAUCUCCUCCCAAGUAAAAACUAUACUUUAUGUCAAUUUC